UGCAUCGCUUCUGUUUUUCCCCCCUUUAUUUCUGGAUGCCUCUAAGACCAUUUCAAGCCUCAGUGAAGUUUUCCUGUGCUGUCAAGUGUUGGCAGUUAUUCUGCAAGAUGCUGGAAGUCCCUCCCUCACUACAUUAUGUUAGCCGAGAAGACACUGGCAGCAGUACGCAGGUUGGGGAGUGGUUCAAUGUUGGCUGAGUUUGACGUUUGGCCCCGCCCACUUGACCCUACAUUGAACUGCUGAAGAAGAAGUAUGUGCAUCUGAGAGAGAAGAGGCAGUACAGUUUGCAAAAUGGAGAGGAAGCGGAGGACUUGCCAGGGAGCAGGGAAUGUGGACUCCAUUCAACUACCCCAGCCACUCCUCAACAAGGUUGCCUUAUAUGAUACACUGGGAGUAAGAAUGGGGCUGGAAGAGGUCAGACCUUUUUUCACAGACUGAAUAAGGCCACGCCCCAUCAUGUCGAGACUGCGGACUGUGUUCAAUCCACCAACGCUGUGUUCAAAGGCACCCGGAGGGACCUGGCCAAUAGCAAGUCAACAAAGCUACGAUGGGCUGGAAAAGAAGCUAAAGGAAGUCUUCAGUGAACGGAGCAGCAUCCUGCACCAGCUCUCCAAGACAUCAAAGGAGCUGGACAGCAUAAAAGGCAACCUUCAGUCCCUGAAAAAUGAUGACUCAGUGGCCAAGAAGGAUGUGCAGAGGAUUCUGGAGCUCAGCCACAAACAGAGAGAGGAGAUGAAGUCCCUCCAGGCGGCCUUGCAGAAGCAGCUGGAUGAGGCAAAUGAGAGAGCAGAGAAGCAGCAGGCCACGAUCAAAUUUCUUAAAGUGGAGAUGGAGAAAAAGACCAAAAUCAUCAAGGAUUUACAGCAAGAGAACAAGAGCUUGAAAAAUAAACUGCUCUCUGGACACAAACUUUGUGACGCCUACGCUGAGGAGUCCAAAAAAAUCCAGGCUCAACUGAAAGAACUGCGGUACGGGAAAAAGGAUUUAAUUUUUAAGGGGCAGCAGCUAAUGGACUUGGAGCACAAGUUAACUAUAGCUAAGGAAGAACUGGAGAAGACUGCACUGGAUAAGGAGUCUCAGAUGAAGGCGCUGAAGGACACAGUUCACAUCUGCUUCUCAGCUGUCCUGCACAACCAGCCCAGCAGCAGCCACAGAUUCCCCGCCUCUCCUACCCACUUGUUCAGAUACUCAUCGCUCAUCAACAGCUCCAGAGUCACCUUUCAGCAGCCACAUGCCAAGGAUAUCUCUAAAGUUCAGAGAAUUGUCACAGCCACUAAAUCACCCGUGAACACUGGAGUAAUGAGGAGAGAGAGUGGCGGAGUCAAAGAGUGCCAGAUGGAAAAGGCCGGGGGCGACUGCUUCCAGAAUCAGACGGAGGGAUCAGCCCCGGAAAGUAAAAAGCUUCCAGAGCCACAGCAGCAAAGGAGCCAAGCGCAGACUGGAAAAUUCGACACAAAGCUCUCAGACGCCAGCGAGGAGGCAGAGGGAGGCAGCAGCAAAAAGACAAAGCCACAUGAAGACAACUGAGCGGACGGCCUAUCAUCCAAAAUGCAGAGCUCCUGCAUUGCCUGAAGAGCACACACUCGCGCACUCUCACAAAAAAAACAUAUGUGCGCCCACACACACACUCACUCACUCACUCACACACACACACACACACACACAAAUACACACACACAUACAUAUCAGCAUUGUUUGCGAAAGCUGAGACACUGGAAUUGUCAACAAAUUUCAAACAGUCAUCUGAACAGCUCCAUAGUAAAAUGGCAUGCAUUCUAGAAAUUCUUUUUAAAGGUAGCAAUGGCACUGGUAACUUGUUUCAUGAUUGUUCAUUUGUUGUUUACUUAUCCGAGUUUUAUUCUGAGUGAGGACACUGCUUUCUAAAUGUGUGAUCUUUCUAGAAAAAAAUCCCUUUGCACUGGUGAGGUCUGACACUGUAUCCUGUGAUAAAUAUAUCAAUUGACAAAUAAAAAAUACUACUAUUACUACUACAACUACUACUGAUACUACUACCCAACUUAGAAUAUUGUUUGUCACUCAUUGUAGCAAGGUUAAUUUACUCCUCCACGUUUUGAAAUAUAGAGGCUCAAGUUGGCUGGCCAACUGUUCAACAUUUAAUAUUUCAGCACUCUUUCUGCCUUUAACACUCCAGAGGCAAAGAGCCAAAGACUCACAAUGGGUCGUCUCCCUGAGAAUGUGCCAUGCACUGAGUAGUAACCCCUAGCUACAUGUAUCUGUGUUAUCUGACCUUUCUGUGUCCUUUCAAUAAACUGUAAUUUUCAGUAA